AUGGACAACAAAGAGACCAGCUUUCCUGAGACUACGCAAAGGUCGGACUCGUUCGUCGGGCAGUCUCUGGCAGCCACCCUGCCCGUGACUGGAUCUCGGAGGCGCAGAUGGGGCAUCCUGGCUGUGCUGAUAUUGUCCUACUUCAUUGAUGUUGUCUGUUCUUCGGCUUUCUUUGUGUUCACGGGAGAGAUCUCAAGAGAUUUGGGUAUAGUCGUUCAGCAGCAGAGCUGGGUGGUGACUGCGUAUAGCGCUCCUUUCGCAGCCCUCCUGCUCUUCUGGGGGAGGGUAUCAGACCUCUACUCGGCCAGACCUGUCUUCAUCUACGGCUUCAUCGGCUUCGCUACGAUCAACCUCAUCCUGUCCUUCCUCACCGAGCAAUACUCCUUCCUGGUCCUUCGCGCAUUCGCAGGCGUUGCUGGUUCCGCCCUCGUCCCUUCUGCCUACCGCUUGAUCGCGUCCAACUUUCCCGAGGAUGAGAGAGGACGAGCAUACACCCUUUAUGGCAUGACCGGCAGUAUCGCCAAUGUGCUUGGAGUGAUCAUCGCCGGUGUCAUUGGUGCUAUUGAGGGGACUGGUCAGUCCAGGAACUGGAGGUGGUUCUUCCGGAUCGUGGCUGCUUUGUCGUUUCCGGGCGCUUUACUCGGCUUUCUCUUGAUUCCUCCGCAGCCUUCCGCCAAAGAGACUGAGCGCACGUCGCGAUGGAAGCGGUUUGACCCCCUCGGCGUAUUACUGAUGUUGAGCUCCAUUCUCCUCAUCAUCGUCGGUCUCACGAUGGGCGCAUCUUACGGUUGGGCGACUGCGUCCUUCCUUGCUCCGAUAAUCAUCGGUAUAGUCCUUUUCGUGACCUUCUUCUGGUGGGAGAGCCGAUUGGUCGAGGACGUAGCGCUCUUGCCGAUGAGCAUCUGGCGGAUUCCCAACAUGAUCACGCUCAUUGUGUUUGCUCUGGUCAUUUUGGGAUGGUGGGCGGUCAACUUCAUUCCUUUCAUAGAGCUGUUUGCAUACGUGCAUGAUGACCCGCUUCUCAUCGCUGCAGUUCGGACUCUCCCUGAGGGUGUUGCAGCUGGAGCGAUCUCUGUCGUUUUACUCGUCUGGCCUCAGAUCAUCGCCAAACCAAAAUGGCCAAUUGCCUUCGCCAUGAUCCUCGCUGGCGUAGCUCUCGUGCUCUGGACGCAGGCCACCAGCAUCAUCGGCGCGGGAUACUGGAUGUGGGUAUUCCCCGGCAUGCUCAUCGGAUCGGCUGGCAUGCAAGUUGCCCUUCUUGCUACCAUCGUCGGCGUCAUGAUCGCUGCGCCACCCGAGAAAGCCGGCGUAGUCGGGGCAACGCUCCAAACCUCGAUGCACACCUCGACGGUCAUUGCGCUCUCGAUACAAGCUGGGCUUCUCACGACCCAGCCGGGCGGCAUCGAGAACUACGCCAACAUCAGGGCGUCAUGGUACUUUGAGCUGGGGUGGGUGGUGGUCUGGCUCAUUGGAUUUUUGGUCUUUUACCGGCCAGCGCGGAAUUCAGCCAAGACGGGUAGUGUAGAGGGCAUUGCUUGA